GCUCAACUCAUAAUUAUUAUCAAGAAAGCUAGAAGUCCAACGUGUUCAUUGAACAUUCAAUAAUGAAAGUUCCUACAGAAGAGCAAAGUGCACUGGCUGCAGAAAAUGGGGUGAAGCUCCUUUCUGUCCCCACCCCAAAGAUCCUCCGAGCACCACCAACAUCAAAGGAGGAAAAUGAGGAUAUAGAAAAUGUGUCUUCCAUGGAGAGAGGUGAAUGGAAUGGGAAGCUGGAUUUUGUCUUCAGCUGCAUUAGCUAUGCCGUUGGCUUAGGAAACGUAUGGCGAUUCCCCUAUUUGUGUUAUGAAAAUGGAGGAGGUGCUUUCCUCCUUCCAUACCUAAUCUGUUUGGUAUUAUGUGCUAUCCCACUGUUUUUCCUGGAGGUAGCUGUUGGCCAAUACCUUAGCACUGGUGGUAUUGGUAUAUGGAACUUAGUGCCAAUGUUUAAAGGUGUUGGCUUUGCAUCAAUGACAAUCGUAUGUCUGUACAACAUCUACUUCGUGGUUGUGAUAGCUUGGACUCUGUUUUAUCUGGUUUCAUCAUUUACAUCAGAUCUUCCAUGGAAAGGUUGUGGUAGACCUUGGAACACUGCUAACUGUGUAGAUCCUGAGUUUGGCAAUGUUUCUGUUGCUAAUGUUUCUAUUAGUAAUUUUACCACGCCUAUCGAUGAGUUUUGGGAGCGUCACGUUCUUGGCAUUACUUCUGGAAUUGAUGAACCAGGAAACUUGCGUAUGGAACUGUCGUUAUAUUUGCUUCUUGGCUGGGUGAUGAUUUACUUGGUUAUCUGGAAAGGGCUUCACAAUAGUGGAAAGGUAGGUGUAUGUGAAGGUGCUGGAGAUGGACUUCUUUUUUAUGUUACACCUCAGUUUGAAAAGUUGUUGGAUCCAAAGGUUUGGGUUGUUGCAGGCACACAAGUAUUCUUUACUUUUGGUCUUGGUUUUGGUUCCGUCGUAACCUUGGGAAGUUACAACAAGUUUCACCACAAUUUCGUGAAAGAUUCCUUCAUCUUGUGUAUAGUAAACCCAACUACAAGCAUCUUUGCAGGAUGUGUGAUAUUCUCUGUGCUUGGGCACAUAGCUCACAUAAAAGGAGUUGAUGUUGCGGAUGUGGUCAAGUCAGGUCCUGGCCUUGCCUUCUUAGUAUAUCCUGAAGUUGUUCUACAACUUCCUCUGGCCCCUCUGUGGUCAGUAAUAUUCUUCCUAAUGCUGUUUAUUCUUGGUAUUGAUAGCCAGUUUUGUACAAUGGAAGCCCUUAUCACAGGAAUUGUAGAUGAAUGGGAAACAGUGUUACGUCCUCACCGAAAAUUGUUUACUGUAACUAUAUUUAUCAUCCUUUAUCUGCUGGGUUUGCCAAUGGUAACUGAGGGAGGAAUGUACCUGUUCCAACUCAUGGAUUAUUAUUCUGCUAGUGGUAUCACCUUGUUGUUUACUGUUUUCUUCCAAACUAUUGCUAUCACUUGGGUUUAUGGAGUGAAAAGGUUUUCUGAUAACAUCACUGAGAUGACUGGCCAAUCUCCCAACUGUUAUUUUGUGAUUAGCUGGGUGUUUGUUGCUCCUUCCGUCUGUAUAAGCAUCUUCCUGUUUUCAGUCAUCCGUUACAAACCCCUUGUGUAUGCCCAGACUUAUGAGUAUCCGUGGUGGGGCCAUUUGAUUGGCUGGCUCAUUGCUCUGUCUUCAAUGAUCUGGAUUCCCUGCUAUAUGAUCUACUUUCUGGCUGUUACUCCUGGAACAUUGAAAGAGCGUAUCAUUGCUGGAGUUACUCCAAGGGUGAAAUCAGUCAGGGAUCAAAGGAGAAGUAACACUUCUGAAGAAGCAGAAAAUGAGUGUGAUAGUAUUCAUCCUGCAGCAUACUGUGAAAAUAUGGAGGAAGUGUGAGUUUUCAUCCAUGCU